UCACUUCACAAUUCAUUUUUCAGCGUGUCGUACACGUAGUGAUUAUAUUCUCAAUGGUGUUGUACGUUAUAUAGUGAAAGUAGAAGUGAUUUAUGUGGUACACUGAUAUAAAGCUGUGAGAGACCUUUCUACUUGUAAAACCGGUUUGGGAAAAGUAAUUCAUCAUGUCGGAGACGCGGAAAAACCAUCUCACCAUAGAUGGAGGGCAAGUUAAGGAAGACGAGCACGUCGCCUCCUAUAAACCCAUACCAGAAGCAGAUACAGAUUUCCGGACGUCCAAGAUAAGCCUGCACAAGUCGAAGGACAAGCUAUCGUUUGACGGCGCGGAGGAGAAACUCCUCGACAAGGAAGAAGAGGCCAGGAUCGUCACCCGUGUCGAUAUGGUGGACGCCAAGUACGCUGUCGGCGACCACAGGAAUGGAGACGCUAAGAUCGAGCUUGAUGCUAAUAAAAGGCAAUUCUCCGGGCUAUCGAAGGAGGAGCUCCUGAAGUACGCGGAAGAUCCGUUCUGGGUGCGGCUGCGCUGGGUGAUGUUCGCACUGUUUUGGGCGAUGUGGCUUUGCAUGCUGGGAGGCGCCAUCAUCAUCAUUGUACGCGCGCCCAAGUGCUCUCCGCCUACACCGCGCACCUGGUACGAAAAAGGCCCGUUGGUGGACUUUUCCUACGUAGAAGAUUACCAAGAAGUGGAGAAUGAUCUACCAUUGAUGGAGAAGGCGAAGGUUUCUGGUAUCUUCGCCUCCGCCUGCAAAGACACAUACGAGGUCUUAAAUGAAUCCCCGCCUGCAUGCUUGAAGCAAUUCAAGGAGUUUGCACUCAAAGCGAAGUCUUUCGGAGUUCAAGUAAUCGUUGAUCUGACAGCUAACUUCGUUUCGAAGACUCACACGUGGUUCCAGCAAAGCGAAAACAAGACCAGUAACUUUAGCGACUACUUCAUCUGGGCAUCCAGUAAUGAGUUCAACCCGGAUGAGCCUGGCCAGCGCAAGCUACCUAAUAACUGGGUGUCAACUAAGAAUGCUCCCGCGUGGACGUGGAGUGAGAAACGCCAAGAGUUCUACCUGCAUCAGUUCGAAGAAGACCAGCCCGAUCUGAACUUCAACAACCCUCAAGUGGUGAUGCAGUUCGAUGCAGUUAUAAAGAAGUGGAUGGAAGCCGGCGCAGCAGGGAUUAGGCUACAUCACGCCCGCGAGUUGUUAGUGAACAGUUCGUUCCCGGAGGACAUUCCGCGCUCGGGCAAAGGCAGCGUUCCCGAUGCAGGACACUUCCAGUACGAGCACUGGCUACACCGUGGCACUCGCGACCAGGCCGCGCUUGAUGGACUACUGGCGAGGUGGACUGCUCUUGUGGCCACGCACGCUACUGGCACCGAAGGAACAGUGUUCACGAUAGCGGAGGAGCGUCGCCCAGAGUUAUUCGUUCUGGAUCGCAAUACCACUUCGUUGCGACCUCCGUCCGCUGCGGAGGUUGUACUGCAGAACCUCACGUACUCUGCUGCGGCCAUAGACAAACGAGUGGAUAAACGCUGGCCCGCGAUUCAGCUGACCGUUGAAAAUGGUACAGACGAAGAGCUGGCCGCGUUUGCCAUGCUUUUGCCGGCGACUCCGUUGUUGCAGCCUCAGCAAAUUAAGAGUAAAGGCAACCAAACCAAAGUCAGCGAGCUACUGACUGAAGUGGUGUCACUGCGUGAAGACUCCAGCGUACAGCACGGGCGGCACGCGAUAAAAGCAGUUCGUGUACGAAACUCUACGGAAACAGUGAUCGCCUGCGCUAGGUGGAAGGCGGGUCAAUCCGGUUACGUGGCGGUGUACAACCCCGGCACAGAAGAGGUGCACGCGGAACUUUCGGGGCUCACAUCGCUGCCUGCGGAACUCAGCGUGUUCAGAGUGUCGUCUUUCAAUGCAUAUUAUACAAUCAACUCGCCUGUAGACACCAACGACGUGAUAGUGCCGCCGAAGGCUUCGGUGCUGCUAUCCUACGUGCCCAAAACCGAGGCAGAGCAGUAGUGCGGAACUAGUGUGUGCAUUGACCGCCAUAACGCGGUAAUUUAAUGUUUCUUUUGCAUUUAAUUUUAUAAAAUUUCAAUGAGUAAUCGAAUAUAUAGCAUCGCAGGAUA